AUGCGAGAGCCCUCUGAGAAGACCAAGCAGGCGAAGAAAGCUAUGCUGGGAGAAUCAUCUGGAUCAAGACCCCAAGUUCCUCUGGUUGGCUCUCCAGGUAAGUUUGUAUCUCUCCCUGCCUCUGUAAAAAUUAAACCCAUUGCUUCUUCUCUUCCUCAAACAAACCCUAUAUACACCACUGCUGACACUCCUCCCUCAACCAACAAAUCCUCUAACUUACCAUCUCAAAAAUUCAACCUCGCCACCACAACUUUACCUGUUUCAGAAGUAGAAAUGCUAAAUGAAACCACCUCACCAUCUUCAUCACCAUCUCCUCAAUCCCCACCUUACUAUGAACUUUCAUCUGACACUGAACCAUCUGAUCCUCACUCCCCCACUAUGGCUCAGCUCCAAGACCGUGCUCUAGCCUCUCAAAAGCCAUCACAUCUUAACCCUGAACCUGAAGUCACUUCCCCACCUCCGAAACAUCCAAACCCAACCCACUUUGAACCACAACCUUCAGAACCAAUCCACUAUGAAUCACAACCAUCUGAACCUACACACUCUGACAUACCACAACCCAUCACUUCCGCUGACCCAAGAACUCCCACACUUAACCUAAGUUCCCCCACCUCACCCUCCCAAGCCUCUGCAAUGAACCAGAAACUACCCUUCUGGCCCUUAAAGAAGCAAUUAAGAGAAGCUGAGGAACGGACAAGACAAGAAGUUGAAGAGAAAGCGCGUCAAGAAGAGCUUCAGAGAAUCAUAGACGCUGAAGCAAAGGCUAUUGUUGAUGCUGUUGUUGCUGAAGCUGAGGCAAAAGCCAAAGCCAACACUGAAGAAGCAGCGUGCCUUGCUGAAGAAUCUACUGCCAAAGCCAAAGCUGAUGAACUAACUCAGGGGGAGUCCUCCAACUAUGGAUUCGUCCCUCUGUUCCUGAAGACUCUCGAAGAACUGCAGAAAGAACAACAGAUAGUUCAAGCUAGAUUGGAUAAACAGGACUCUGUCAAACGUAAACAUUCAGAACAUGCUAUCCCAGCUACUCCAAAGGAUGCCUCCGCCUCCAAACCCUUAGGCACCUAG